AUGGAAGAAGAAGAAAAUUAUUCAUACCAAGUCUACGAGGACGAAUGGAGCCAAGAGGAUAAUUCCGAUCAAGACAUAAGCACCAACGGGGCUGAAUAUAGUUGGUACGAUGAUGUCUAUUCAGAAUCUAGUUCUGAAGAGGAACCACAUGGAGAAGAGUUUGAACCUGAACCACUUGAUCAUAGCCAAGACGAUACAAGCCAAUACAAUCGGCCUGGAGAAGAAACGCACCAAGGAGAUGAUGUAGAAGAAGACAAGGAAGGCGAAUCAUGGUGUUAUGAGACUGAUUAUGAAAUUAAUGUAGGAGAGAAUGGAGAAAUAGAUUCAUGGCGUGGAAAGGCUGAAUCUCAUUUCAGUCUAGAAGAAGGAGGCUAUGAAGAUGAACCAGAACAUGGAGAGUUCAUCCAUCGGGAAGAUUCAAAUCAGCUCGUAGAGCCUUCCCACGAGUACAAACUUUGGUGUGAAUUAACUUAUUCUCAAAUCAGUGAAGGAGAGGCACAACACCAUGAGGAUGAGAUUUGGAACCGUGAAGAAGGACCAGAAGAUAACUUUAGUGAUGAAUCGAACCUUGAAGAAGAGGAAGAUCCCGAGCACAUCCAUUCUACCAACCAAUUCGAAUCAUGGGAACAUACAAGCGAUGAUGAGGUAGAAUUCGAAUCCUAUCCCAUAUGUUUUUCAGGUCAUAGCCAAGGACCAGAAGCUUACCUUAGAUGGGAGAGAGACAUGGAAGAUUGGCUUCAAGCUAACAACAUUCCCGAGGAGGAGAAGACGUCUUAUGCCGAAGAUACAUUCACCGAGGAUGCCUUUCGAGAAUGGGAUUUAGAUGCAAAUAUCCGGGUUGAGUAUGAUGUACCAGAUGCUACAUAG